AUGCCUCCCCCCGUCACGCCCCCGUCCCCUACACAGUCCGUGAUGGAUGCGUCAUCGCAAAUCAGCGAAGAAGACCACGAUGCGGGGGUCAGCUCUCUGAUGAACCGUACCGAGAUAGGCUAUUUGGCUCACUGGAGCGUUUCAAGCCACAAGUAUGGCUUUGGAGUGGAUAAUCUGCGAGAUGGAAACGACUCGACGUUCUGGCAAUCUGAGGGCGCGCAGCCACAUACCAUCGAUCUGGCGUUCUCGCGGCGAGUCGACAUCUCGGCUAUCGGUCUUCACAUGUCACAUCCCAGAGACGAUUCCUACACUCCCUCAAAGAUAGGCGUCAGAGCUGGAACAGGUGUACAUGAUCUGCAAGAGGUGAGGUACAUGGAAUUCACGCAGCCGGAUGGAUGGCAUCUCAUUCCCCUACGGCCCAUGGAGAUGUCGGGGGAAGGAAGCGAAAAGGAGGGUCCUCCCAUACCUUGUCACUUUUUGAGGAUCGUAAUCUUUGCGAAUCAUCUCAACGGUAAGGAUACCCAUGUCAGAGGUCUACGGGUUUUCGGUCCACCCGGCUCAAAAGAGACAACCCACCAAGAACCAUUACCAGCGGGGUUGGUUGGAAAUGGAGAUGACCCGGACGAAGGAAAGAUGCUUCUCCAGCUUGGCCACGAUGGCUUGAGUGAUUUCACGAGCGUAGAGUUCCGGAUGCAUGAGCGGAUACGGUGA